CCUUCACCACCUCGGCUCUGACGUCGCGCAACGAGCUUCCCCGGCUGCCCACUCGCGGUCUCUUGUCGGAGCUCUACGAAGGCGCUGCUUACCUUCGAGUCGCCGCCGCAGUUUGCUUCGCCUAAUUGGAAGGACUCCGGGCAAGCUUCUGCACGCUUAACAGCAAACAAAUACACCAUGGGCGACUCUUCGACUGCUCCCGAUGCGGCUCCGCAGGCUACUAAUGGCACCUUCCCAGCUUCAGACGCAGCCGGACAGACCGUCGCCGCCAUAACGCAGGCCGAGACUGUGUCCGCAGAUGAGAUCGCGCUGUACGAUCGCCAGAUCCGCCUGUGGGGCCUCGAGGCUCAGAAUCGAAUCCGCAACGCAAACAUCCUGCUCGUCUCCAUCAAAGCUCUCGCCAACGAAAUCGCAAAAAACCUCGUCCUCGCCGGCAUAGGCUCCAUCACACUCGCAGACCAUGAGGUAGUUACAGAAGAUGACUUGGGCGCGCAGUUCUUCAUCGGCGAGGCCGACGUGGGCAAGAACCGCGCCGAAGCAGCCGCACCGGCGGUCCAGAAGCUCAACCCACGCGUCAAGGUCAACACUAUCACAAGAGACAUUGCGAAUGAGCAGACUCCAGACUUCUACAAGGCCUUCGACGUCAUCAUCGCUACGGACCUCCCCUACAUGUCCCUGAACACCCUCGACGCCGGCGCCCGAAUCGCACAACGACCAUUCUACGCGGGCGCCACACAUGGCUUCUACGGCUAUAUAUUCGCAGACCUUGGCACGCAUGAGUUCGUGAUAGAGAGGGAAAAGUCGAAUCGGCCUACGCUCAAGGCGGCCGAAACCGCCACGAGGUCUAUCGUGGAUUUCAAGGACAAGAAAGAGAACGGAAAGAUGAUCGAGAUGGUCACGAAGCGCGAGCUCUAUACCCCGCUUUUACUCGUCAACACCUCUCCACUUCCCCCAGAAAUGCAGCGAGACGCCCGAAAGCUCCGCAAAGUCCAUCCCCUCCUGACGUGCAUCCGCACGCUCUGGGACUACCAGCGCGAUGGCCGCACCACUCUCCCUUCCCAAAGCUCCACAGCCGACCUCGAGGCUUUCACAAGGCUCGCUGGCGAAAAGCACAAAGAGCUACUACUCCCUUCGUCCACGCUCAAGGCCGAAUUUCUCCGCAGCUUCCUGCAGAACCUGGGGAGCGAGCUCGCACCGGUAACGGCAUUCCUCGGCGGACAGCUGGCUCAGGAUGUCAUCAACGUUCUCGGCAAGCGAGAACAACCUAUCCAGAACCUCAUGCUGUUCGAUGGCGAGGAAUGCUCUGCUCCUGUGUAUGCUCUGCACCCUAUCUUCCCGGACAAUCCCAUUCCACCUAUGGCACCUGUUCCUGUCGAUGCGUCCGUUGUUGUUCUCUAAAAUGUUGUUACUAAUGUGAUUUUGGAAUAGGAUAACGCUUUUCUCGCCUUCACCGUGAAAUUACGCAGGGAGGGACGCGGAGGAUCUCGGAACACGGAGACUGGGCUACGUCGACUCCGGAUGUGGUAUCCACAAGGAUGGCCAGGAAUUGGAUCAAAAUCCAGGAGAAACCCAUUUGACGGGGUGGUAGAGAUACAGAAUCGGCAUUGAUACCCUACAUAGCCCAUCUGCUCUAAUUUAAGAGCAUUGAACAACUCAAAGCUGGAUACAGCUUCGCC